CAUUAGAAUCGAUGUGAAAGGCGUUGUUACAUAUAUUAGGAAGUGCAUGAGAACCAUGCUUUUCUUAUUGAAUAUUACAAUAUUUAAAACCUGAAGACAAGAUAGACAUAUAAAAGGAGAACUCUCUGGCUGUGUCGCUUGUUAAGAUGGAAUCAAAAGAAGAGAGAAACUGGAAUUAUCUUUACAAAAUGAUUACAGAUGUGGUUCGAAAGGAGCUUGCUGACUUAUUUAUUCAAGAAUGGAAUAGAACAGCGUACGGGGAAUGGGAUAACACAGUCAGUAGUGGUCAGAAACUUUACAAUAUAGAGUUAACAAGGUGCCGACCAAACAAGUCGAUUCUUCAAUCUAAUUUCCAAAGUGGAAACACGAGUAGCUGGGAUUGCAGUACAUUAUUUGAUGCAAUACUUUACUCAAACGCAAUAGGACACAGCCUAAAAAUGUGUAACAAGAAGAUAUGGGAUUCUGUCAAUGAUCUUCGAUUAGUUCGAAACACCAUAAUCCAUGAAAAACAAGGGAAUCUGUCGGAAAUUGAAUUUCAAGACUUGGUUGAUAAAAUAGAAAAAUCUUUUAGAAAUUUAAACUUUUCCCAAGACAAAAUUAUUUACAUGAAAACUGAACGAAACAAAUUUAAUUCAUUUCUUGUUCUUCCGUGUAAACCAAAUCAUUAUGUAGUUGAGCGCACUGCAUUACGGGAUCAAAUUAUUGAAGAUCUUAAAAAGUUGAGGAAUGAUAACAAUAAUGAGCUGACAUAUUUCUACAUUUCUGGAAACCCAGGCAGUGGUAAGUCUCAACUUGCAAGACAAGUUUGUAAAGAAAAGUUUGAGUCGUUUGAUUGGCAAAACCAAACUACGUUUGUGUGGACUCUUGAUGGUAAAGACAAGGAGUCUCUUUUUAAAAAUUAUCUUGAUCUUUGUUACCGUAUAAACUGUGAUAACUUCAGAAUAAAACAAUACUCCGAAGAAAAUCUUGCCAUUACAGAGAAAAUUAAGAACUUGCUAUCAUUACUAUUAACCCGAAUAAAUUUAUGGCGCAACUGGUGGAUUAUUGUUGAUAACGUUGCUCAGCCGAACAAAAUCCAUCCAUUACUACCUAAAAUAGGCGAGCAUGGCUGGAUGAACGGACAAAUUAUAUUAACUGUACAAAAUACAGAAGGUAUACCUCACAAAGAAGUGUUGAGUAGACACGUUUCGAUUAGUCAUGGGAUGAAUGACAAAGAAUGCUUUGAGUUGUUAAAUCAUUACACUGAAGAUAAAAAUGCCGAUGUUCAAUUGUUAAAUGACGUAAUAGACACGUUACAUCGUCAACCGCUGGCUUUGGCUGCUGCCGGGUAUUACGUCGAUAAUGUCAACAAAGCCAACUGUAAUUUCACAUGGAAACAAUAUUUAGAAAAAUUGUCUUCUGGAAAGCAAGAAGAGAUGGACAAAACUCUUGCAAAAGACAACACAGAAUAUUCUAAAACUAUGCUACAGGCAGCUGUUUUAGCUGUUGAAAUAAAUGCACAAAACUCUUUAAUUCUGGCAAAUGUUUUUAAAUUUUUUUCCCUGCUUUCGUUUCAUCCAUUGCCAAGAGAUAUUAUUGUCAAAUACAUUCAAUCAACUGAUGUCACACAGUCUGUCGAAGAUAUAUGUCUUGCUUUAGAACACUGCUCUUUGUUUACGUAUUCCGAAAAUGAAGACAUUUGUCUGCAUCGUGUUUUUCAUGAGGCAAUGAUUGUUUAUCAACGCAGUUUUAGUCAUAAAAAAUAUGAAACGGAGCACAAUUGCAAUUCCACGACUUUUGAGGACGCUUUAUCCCAAGUUAUUGAGGCACUUCAUAGUUUUAAAGACCGAAAAGAUCAAGUGAAAUUGAUUCCACAUCUUGAAAAAUUUCUAACGUUGAAUUUAUCAAAGAUAAAAGUUGACUUAAAUUCUGUGGAAGCUUUAAAAUUUCUAGAAGGAGCUUUACGAGAUUUCAAAAAAUUGAACCUUGCGAAUCAGCUAGUAGAAAAAAUAAUGUCAAAAACAGGUGAAUCAAAUUUUAAUGAAAAAACUUGGUGUUUUAUUGAGCUAAGUAGAAUAUACUAUUACAACCAGGAAUAUGAACAAGCAAAUUUCUUUAAUGAGACAGCUAUGGAGUUUUUGAAAAAAUCAUCUAAUCCUAUUGUGGUUGCUAAGUCUUUAAACAUCCUUGGAAAUUUACACUCUGAAAAAAGAGAAUACAAAAGAAGUGAAGAGUUUUACAAAAAAGCUCUAGAAUUGCGAAAAAAGUUAUUAGGGCCAGAUCAUGUUGAAGUCGCUGAUUCUUUAUGCAAUCUUGGUAUUUUAUAUUAUAAUUGUGGAAAAUAUGAAACAAGUGAAAACUACCAUAAAGAAGCACUGGAAAUGCGAAAAAAGCUAUUAGGCCCAGAUCAUGUUAAAGUUGCUGAUUCUUUAAACAGUCUUGGUAUUUUGUAUACUAAAACUGGAGAAUAUGAAAAAAGUGAAAACUACCAUAAAGAAGCUCUGGAAAUGCGAAAAAAGUUAUUAGGGCCAGAUCAUGUUGAUGUCGCGAAUUCUUUAUGCAAUCUUGGUAUUUUAUAUUAUAAUUGUGGAAAAUAUGAAAAAAGUGAAAACUACCUUAAAGAAGCUCUGGAAAUGCGAAAAAAGUUAUUAGGGCCAGAUCAUGUUGAUGUCGCGAAUUCUUUACAAAGUCUUGGUUUUUAUUAUUAUAAUUGUGGAAAAUAUGAAAAAAGUGCAAACUACUAUAAAGAAGCUUUGGAAAUGCGAAAGAAGUUAUUAGGCCCAGAUCAUGUUAAAGUUGUUAAUUCUUUCAAAGAUCUUGGUGGUUUGUAUAAAAUAAUUGGAGAAUAUAAAAAAAGUCAAAACUACUAUAAAGAAGCUCUGGAAAUGCAAAAAAAGUUAUUAGGGCCAGAUCAUGUUGAAGUUGCUAAUUCUAUAAACAAUCUUGGUAUUUUAUAUAGUAAUUCUGGGAAAUAUGAAAAAAGUGAAAACCACUAUAAAGAAGCUCUGGAAAUGCGAAAAAAGUUAUUUGGGCCAGAUCAUGUUGAAGUUGCUAAUUCUAUAAACAAUCUUGGUAAUUUAUAUAGUAGUUGUGGGAAAUAUGAAAAAAGUGAAAACUACUAUAAAGAAGCUCUGGAAAUGCGAAAAAAGUUAUUAGGGAAGGAUCAUGUUGAUGUCGCGAAUUCUUUAUACAAUCUUGGUAUUUUAAAUGAUGAUUGUGGAAAAUAUGAAAAAAGUGAAAACUACUAUAAAGAAGCUCUCGAAAUGCGAAAAAAUUUAUUAGGGCCAGAUCAUGUUGAUGUCGCUAAUUCUUUAAAUAAUCUUGGUGUAUUGUAUAUGCAUGCUGGAGAGAAUGAAAAAAGUGAAGAAUAUCACAAAAGAGCUCUGGAAAUGCGAAAAAAGUUAUUAGGGAAGGAUCAUGUUGAUGUCGCUAAUUCUUUAAAUAAUCUUGGUUUAUUGUAUAGGCAUGCUGGAGAGAAUGAAAAAAGUGAAGAAUAUCACAAAAGAGCUCUGGAAAUGCGAAAAAAGUUAUUAGGAUCAGAUGAUGUUAAAGUUGCUACUUCUUUAAACAAUCUUGGUAUUUUAUAUGAAGACACUCUAGAAUAUGAAAAAAGUGAAAACUGCCAUAAAGAAGCUCUGGAAAUGCGAAAAAAGUUAUUAGGAUUAGAGCAUGUUGACGUCGCGUGUUCUUUAUACAAUCUUGGUACUUUAUAUUAUAAUUGUGAAAAAUAUGAAAAAAGUGAAAACUGCCAUAAAGAAGCUCUUGAAAUGCGAAAAAAGUUAUUGGGCCCAGAUCAUGUUGAAGUUGCUAAUUCUUUAAACAAUCUUGGUGCUUUGUAUACAGAAACUGGAGAAUACGAAAAAAGUGAAAACUGCCAUAAAGAAGCUCUGGAAAUGCGAAAAAAGUUAUUAGGAUCAGAUCAUGUUGAUGUUGCUGAUUCUUUAUACAAUCUUGGUUAUUUAUAUUAUAAAUGUGUGAAAUAUGAAAAAAUUGAAAAUUACUAUAAAGAAGCUCUGGAAAUGCGAAAAAAGUUAUUAGGCCCAGAUCAUGUUAAAGUUGCUACUUCUUUAAACAAUCUUGGUGUUUUGUAUACAAACACUGGAGAGUAUGAAAAAAGUGAAAACUGCCAUAAAGAAGCUCUUAAAAUGCGAAAAAAGUUAUUAGGACCAGAUCAUAUUGAAGUUUCUAGAUCUUUAAAAAAUCUUGGUAACUUGUAUACUAAAACUGGAGAAUAUGAAAAAAGUGAAAACUACUAUAAAGAAGCUCUGAAAAUUCGAAAAAAGUUAUUUACGGCUAAAUCAUGUUGAUGUCGCGGAUUCUUUACACAAUCUUGGUCUUUUAUAUUAUAAUCGUGAAAAAUAUGAAAAAAGUCAAAACUACUAUAUAGAAGCUCUGGAAAUGCGAAAAAAGUUACAAGGCCCAUAUCAUGCUAAAGUUUCUAAUUCCUCAAAAAAUCUUGGUGACUUGUAUACUGAAACUGGAGAAUAUGAAAAAAGUGAAAACUGCCAUAAAGAAGCUCUGGAAAUGCGAAAAAAGUUAUUAGGAUCAGAUCAUGUUGAUGUCGCGGGCUCUUUAUACAAUCUGAGUACUUUAUAAUAUAAUUGUGGAAAAUAUGAAAAAAGUGAACACUACUAUAAAGAAGCUCUGGAAAUGCAAGCAAAGUUAUUAGGCCCAUAUCUUGUUCAUGUUGCUAAUUCUUUAUACAAUUUUUGUAUUUUAUAUGCAGAAACUGAAAAAUAUGAAAAAAGUGAAAGCUACUAUAAAGAAGCUCUGGAAAUGCCAAAAAGUUAUUUGGAUCAGAUCAUGUUAAUGUCGCGGAUUCUUUAUACAAACUUGGUGCUUUUUAUUAUAACUGUGGAAAAUAUAAAGAAAGUGAAAACUACUAUAAUGAAGCUCUGGAAAUGCGAAAAAAUUUAUUAGGGCCAGAUCAUGUUGAUGUCGCUAAUUCUUUAAACAAUCUUGGUGUAUUUUAUAUGCAUGCUGGAGAGAAUGAAAAAAGUGAAGAAUAUCACAAAAAGAGCUCUGGAAAUGCGAAAAAGGUUAUUAGGGAAGGAUCAUGUUGAUGUCGCUAAUUCUUUAAAUAAUCUUGGUUUAUUGUAUAAGCAUGCUGGAGAGAAUGAAAAAAAUGGAGGAUUUCACAAAAGAGCUCUGGAAAUGCGAAAAAAGUUAUUAGGAUCAGAUGAUGUUGAUGUCGCGGAAUCUUUAUACAAUCUUGGUACUUUAUAUUAUAAUUGUGAAAAAUAUGAAAAAAGUGAACACCACUAUAAAGAAGCUCUGGAAAUGUAAACAAAGUUAUUAGGCCCAGAUCAUAUUAAAGUUUCUAAUUCUUAAAACAAUCUUGGUAUUUUUUAUAGUAAAACUCGAGAAUAUGAAAAAAAGUGAAAACUACUAUAAAGAAGCUCUGGAAAUGCAAAAAAAAUUAUUAGGAUCAGAUCAUGUUGAUGUCGGCAAUUCUUUACACAAACUUGGUGCUUUAUAUUAAAAUUGUGGAAAAUAUAAAAAAUGUGAAAACUACUAUAAAGAACUUACAUAUUUCUACAUUACUGGUAAUCUCGGCAAUGGUAAAACUCAACUUGCAAGACAAGUUUGUAAAGAAAAGUUUGAGUCUACCGAUUGGAAAAAUGAAACCACAUUUGUGUGGACUCUUGAUGGUAAAGACUUUGAGUCUCUAUUUAAAACAUAUUCUGAUCUUGGUUACUGUGUUAACUGUGAUAAACUUAGGACAAAACAUCCCUCAGAGGAAAAUACUGACAUCACAGAGAAAAUCAAGAAUUUGCGAUCAUUACUAUCAACUCGAAUAAAAUUUUGGAAAAAAUGGUGGAUUAUUGUGAACAACAUUUCCGAGGACCUAAUGUUAAAGAAACAUAUAUAAACUUAAAAAGCUUCUCUUUCCUCUGAAAUUUUAAAUAAUUAUCGUAAUUAGCUUUGAUUGGUAACAUAAGGCAGCCUUGUGUUCAACAAGUUGUGUUCAACAUUUUAUUCAGCAUAAAGCAGCCUAUUGUUAUGGAACUUAUUGCAGUUUGUGUUCGAAGAAUUUAAUUUAAUAACCACACGAACGGUCUAUUCAUUUAUGGACGAGUAAGAAUGGGAGAAAUUAUUUUCUCCAUUUUUUGCGAAUACAUUGUAGAGUAGCUCCCAUAGCUUGUUAAGGAGUGUUUUGACUUCAAGUUAUACCAGUCUGAUUUGUACCUCCGUAAAUUUUGCAUUUUGCAGAGGCAUUGCGUGAGAAGGAGUUUCAGAAAACUCAAUUUUUUGACCCGUCAAGAUCUUCAGUAUUUCUGUAUCUUAUGUUAAAGCCAACCAUUUAGAAACUCAUGCAUCUAAUAGAACUGCCUUAAACGUUUUAGUUUUGUCAUUAUGGUAAGCCAUCAUUGAAGGCAAGAGAAUAAUAUAUUGGCUCUCUAUGCAAUUUUGUCAAAAUUGUAUAUUGCUGUAGUCUCUACUAAUUCACAUGAUGAUUUUGAUUGAACUGAUGCCUGCAUUUUUCCUGUACUGUGGCUUGAGCUUAGUUGUGGCUGUUAACAACCAAUGACUUCUGUUGGCACGUUUUUGUUGAUACUUGUUGAGAAGUGUAUUUGCGUCUGGAUGGAAAUAAAACACCACUUGCUGCAUGUGCUUCUAAUUUUGUUUGAUGUUUUUAUAUGACUUUGCUUCUCAAAUUAAUUACAGGCACAUGUGAAACGCACAUUGUAGGAUACUGAAUCAUACUCAUUGUUGAGUGUUGAGUGAAUAACAUAUGCGUCUUUCUUUAGCAAAAUCAUAACAGAUAUAGCACGUGAUAGGAAAAGUGCUCAUGUUCUUGAAAAUUAGGCUUUCAACAUCGAGGUUGUUGUUUUCUGCCGGAGGUGUAAACAACAUAUCUGUUAUCUGCAAGACCGCUUAGUUACUGUUAUAGCUUAAUAAAUUUUUUCUAAAAUCAGACAUUUUUUUAUAAAUCUUCGCUUGAUUGGAAAAUAAUUAUAAUGAUUUAAUACGAGAAUUAGCUAUCGCUAAAUAUAAUGAGAUUGCUAUCGCUAAAUAUAGUCUGAGUCAAGAUUCUCAA